AUGGAAAUCGUCAUCGUCGGCGCAGGUAUCGGCGGCUUAUCCGCUGCUCUGGCUCUCGCAUUAGCCGGCCACUCCGUCCAGAUCCUCGAAUCCUCAUCCACCCUCGCAGAAAUUGGCGCGGGAGUGCAACUGACACCAAACGCAACGAGAUAUUUCUGGAAAUGGGGUCUUGGCCCUGAACUACUGGAACAUGCUGUGCUCCCAAAGUCAUUUAACAUCCUCUCCCUCAACAACAGCAACUUGAUUGGAGCUGUUGAUUUCACCAACUUCACACAAAAGUACGGCGCACCAUACAUCGUCAUCCAUCGCGCGGAUAUUCACAAGAUUUUACACGAACAUUGUGUCAAAGCCGGGGUCAAACUGCGACUCGGAUCAAAGGUCGUAAACUACUCCACUGAAGAAGGGAAAUUGCAGUUAUCAGAUGGGCAAGAGAUGAGUGCCGACUUGAUAGUAGCAUGUGAUGGCAUCCACUCCCUCGCCCGGGGCUUCCUGAAUCCUGAGCUUGGAGGCGAAGAGGGGAUGCAGAAGACCGGGUGGGCUGCUUAUCGGAAGAUGGUUCCCGUUUCCGCGUUGAAGAGAGACGAGCUGACGGAAUAUCUGGCGAGAGAGCAGAGUGGGAAUUGUUGGGUCGGAGAGGGGAAAUUGAUGAUGGCUUACUUAGUGAAGGGCGCUUCGAUGCUAAAUCUCGUCCUUUCGCACCGAGACGAUGUUGACACCACUUCUUGGGGCCCUGAGAAGUAUGAUAAAGAGAUUAGAAAGCUUUUUGCUGAUGUGGGGGAUGUUCCGAGGAGGUUGUUAGAACUGAGUAAUCCCGGAGCAGUAAACUAUCCAGUAGAGCAGGUGAGGAGGUUAGAGCGGUGGAGGAGUGGUAGUGGGAAGAUGGUGUUAAUGGGUGAUGCGGCGCAUGCGAUGGCGUUUUAUCUGAGUAUGGGUGUUAGUAUGGCCGUUGAGGAUGCGGAGGCGCUGGCUGAAUGCCUGAGGUUGGGCGAGGAGAGAGGAGAGAGACUGGGGAAGGUAAUGGGUGUCUUUGAGGGCGUGAGGAAGGGGAGGGCGGAGAGCAUGAGGGAUGCGAGUGUGCAUGCUGGGGAUGUGUUGCAGGUUUCUGGGGAGGAAAGGAAAGAGAGGGAUCAGUGGGUUGGGUGUGAUGGGGUUGUGGAGGGAGGAAUGGAGGGGCAAGGAGAAGGGGAGGAAGAGUUUUGGAAAAAAGGAUUGAGGUAUGGGAUUGCGGAUUGGAGGAUUAGGGAGUGGUGUUAUGGGUAUGGUGUUGCUGAGGAAGUCAAGUCAGAAGAGGAGAGGGACUGCUGGUAG